GAGAGAGAGAGAGAGAGAAAGAGAGAGAGGAAGAGGGAGAGAGUCUGCUGUGGUGGUGUUGGAAAUCGGACGACAUGAGCUCUACAUGAACCGAGUAAAAUGCUUUAAGACGCUUUCGGCGUUUGUCUUGCAUCCGUCUAAACCAAGGACGAGCCUGAAGCGGAGCUGUACUUCACGAGCAGGUGUAAUACUGUCUUAAGCCUGAGGGGGGCAGAAUGCCGGAGCAGAGCAACGACUAUCGUGUGGUGGUGUUCGGGGCAGGGGGAGUGGGGAAGAGCUCCCUGGUCCUGCGCUUUGUGAAGGGCACCUUUAGGGACACCUACAUCCCCACAGUGGAGGACACCUACCGCCAGGUGAUCAGCUGCGAUAAGAGUGUGUGCACCCUCCAGAUCACCGACACCACAGGGAGCCAUCAGUUCCCGGCCAUGCAGCGCCUGUCCAUCUCUAAAGGCCAUGCCUUCAUCCUGGUCUACUCCAUCACGAGCAAACAGUCCCUGGAGGAGCUCAAACCCAUUUACCAACAGGUCUUGGCCAUCAAGGGCAAUGUAGAGGCCAUCCCCAUCAUGCUUGUGGGCAACAAGAGUGACGAGACCCAGCGGGAGGUGGACACCAAGGAUGGGGAAGCCCAGGCCAACCAGUGGAAGUGCGCCUUCAUGGAGACGUCGGCCAAGACCAACCACAACGUAACCGAGCUUUUUCAGGAGCUCCUCAACCUGGACAAGAAGAGGAACAUGAGCCUCAACAUCGAUGGCAAGCGCUCAGGGAAGCAGUCCCGCGCCGAGAGACUGAAGGGCAAAUGCAGCGUCAUGUAACUCCAGGUGAGGAGGAGAGGGGAGCCGGAGGUUGAGAGAGUGUGUGUGUGGGGGGGGGGAAUACAGAGAAAGGGAGGAAAAGAUGGAAGACGAGAGAGAAAGAGGAAGGGACUCACUAAACGCAUCACUGCGAGCAAAACGUCUGGCAAGUAACGGGAAUCUCAUCAUCCACAUCCUCCUCUGUAUGACUGGUUCGUUCUCAAACACAACUCAGUGUUGACAGUUAUUUUGUAAACACUAGAGAAUUUCAGUUUGGAGCUUUACAUCCAUGUGCAUUCAGUUAAAGGAAGAGAUGAGGGGGACUGACAGAAUAUCGAGAGGCAAAAUUAUAAAGAAGAAGUGUGUGUCACAGAUGAAUAACCGGUGGCCGUCAGCUAUAGUCAGAAACAGCGUGGGUGUGGACUUUUCCACGAUCAAGACCUUGGACUGGAAUAAAUCCCACAGACUGCAGCACUCCUCAAAAACUACUGAAGGUUUCUGAUCAAAACAUACAGUCCACACAGUCCUCUCUUACUUCGUCAUCCAAACCCUCCUUCCAUGCUCAGCUCACACCCCUCAUCAUCCCAGCUCAUCCCAGCUCCCUCAUCCUUUGCCCCAUACUUUAACACAUAUAGAGAAACGUAAUGUAUGUGUAUAUGAUUCAACGGUAGAAACACUAUUUAAAAGACUGAGGUGUCCCUCACGCUAGAAAGCGCAGGACCCAUAAAGGGUUGAGACUGCUUGCGUGACAUUUACAGCAAAAACAUGCGACCAGCUACAUCCCAGAGCCGCAUAUGAGGACCCUGAUGUAUAUGAACAUGGGGUAUUAAAUAUAUUCUAUCUCUAAGUCUACACAUGUCCUGCCCAAACUAGUGCAUCAGUCAGAGGCAUGAAGUGAAGUUUCAAGCAAGCUUCUCCUUAUCCUAAUCAUCCCUCCUGAAAGAUAAAAAGGACCUUUUGACAUUAAUCAACCUAUCGUUAUGAUAAAAACUCAUCUGCGAACUCUCCAUAUGGCCUCAUCUGAAGUGCAGAAGCAUCCAGCGGCAGGGUAUGCACACACGCUACUGAUAUGACGCAGCAAUCCUUUUAAGACUCAUCUAGUGUAGAAUGACUCUGGAUGAAAAAUAAGCUGGACUCUCAUCAAACAUAGGAAACAGAAAUACAAGUCUGCCUUGUCUACGAGGACGAUACACUCGGAUAAUCAUUGCCAAGCUGGUAAGAGGAAAGGGAUAAGUUUUGGUUGUGAAGUCAAGAAUGUCAGUUUGCUUUGGCACUUUUCAUGUGAAGGUUUCUCUUCUUUUGCCUAUUUUUCUUGUUUGUUUGAUUUAUGACGUGCUUUGAAUUCAUGUUAAUGUAAAAAAAAAAGCCCUCCUUAUACAAAAAGCACACUGAGAAAAAUAAAUACAUAAGGGAUGGAUGUAAAAUUGCCCCAUGCUAAUUAAUCAGUGUGACAGGAAUCACUAAAUUCUGUUUCCUCUUUGGUUGGUUUGGUCACAUUACCUCUCAUACGCCUGUGUAGGCAUCGGUAAACAGGAAACAGAAUGGGACACACACACACACACUGUAUACACACACAGCAUGCGCACAAAUGCAUUCAUGCAAGUGAAAAAAAAAAAAGAGUAACACCGUUGACUGAUUACAUGAAGAAAAACAGGGCUCACUCAGCCUCAAUGCCCUCACAUUGCACUUUAUAUUAUAAACACACACCCACGUGCACACACAGAACUGUAAUUUCUCAUGUUUUUGCGUAUGUUAAGUGUCAAUGAUUUCUGCCUAACAGAAUAUCCUCCUGGAGCCAUUGCAUAGCUCCACUGUAUGUCCAAAGUGCAUGUAUAAACCCUUUUUUUGUUUUGCAUGCCAGAGCUCUGAAUAUUGUACACAGUGUACACAGGACAGCCAAAAGCACAAUACUUUUUUACCAACAUAUCUAUUUGUACAUUUUUUGUUUCUUUUUUUAAAAUGUUGUAUCCUUUUUUUUGGUCUUCUUUGUACAAUGUUUCAUCUUUAACAUGUUUUCACCAAUCCUGAAUGUGGAGAAACAAAUGGCACCAUGAUCCCCGGUCUCGAUAUCCAGUAGAUGUAAAGUGUUUUAUUUGUCCCGUACAUGGCACAGUGAGGUUGUGGUUCUGUUGACCAACAGGGUAUCGUGGUAGCCGUGGUUUGCUUUGGUUGUGAUAGAAGCGCGUAAAUGCGACAUAACCCCACAGAAUUGUAGAUCACAUAGGACGAAUUAGGAGGGUUAGAUUAUUCGUCUACUUUUCUCCAUCUCUCAGGCGAUUUUAACAACAAUUUGGGUGGAGGAUAAUCUGUUUCUGUACUGUUUAACCCAAAGACAUAAAUGAUGCCCCUUUUAACUGUGUGUCCAUCUCUCUGGAAGAAGAAAAAAAAGCACAGCAACUGUUUCCGUCUGUCUUUAUAUGUGCAGCAGAAUCAACAACAGGGCACUUUAGGGUGACAUUUUACUUGAAGACUUGCUUAUUAAUCAGCAAUGCCUCAUUUAUAAGCACCAUGUAAAAUGUCCGUCCUGCAUUCUUCAGAUCCACGUGAAAAAUGAUAUAACCUGUAGUUAUUGUAAAUAAAAUAGUAGUUGAAUGAAAUGUUUUUGAGAGCUUCAAGUAAGAUGUUACCCAUGUAAAGAAAAAAUGUCUUUCUGGAAAUAAGUCCUUUGUAACCAAGAAAUGUUAUACAGUAAUACAGUAGAAGGCUUGAUGUUGCUAUAUACUGUAAUAUAAAGCUUAAUAAUGAUGUUCAUGAUAUACUGUAUUUGACACAUCCACUCUUCAGAUCUAUCAAUCAGAUAAUACUAAAAAUGUGAUUAUGUAACUUAAGGUUCCACUCCAUGGUUGUUCCUUUUUAUUUUAUUUGGAAAGCUGAAUGAAUCCGUUGUUAUUAAUCGUGUUGUACUUUGCACUAAUGUGAGGUCCUGUUAUACUCAGAAAUGUGCAUUUUAAAACCUACCCUUUACCUCUUAGAUGCCAGGGAUUCUCACACAUCCUCUUCUUCAUUUUGUCAUCAGUUCAUAUUUAAAAAAACAAAAAAAACAAGUUGUAUUUGAAAUCGUUUGUGUUGGUUUGUUUUAGAUGCCAGACGGAUGGAGUGAUUUCUGUCCUGUCAUGUACCUACUUGAUGUGUCCUUCUAAAGGUUAAAAAGCUAGAAAAACUAAAGCUGGAAAUGAUCUGUAUAACUGUCAAACAGUUCUAGUCUGAUCUGAUGUGUGUCUACUGGCAGUGGUGGUGCACAGGCUGCAAAAUAUGAGCUUGACACAUUUGGUUUCUUCAUCGCCAGCUUGCGAGCGCAUGUUUGUGCAAUCUGUUGUUCUGCUGACGUCUACAGGAGACUGUCAUUGUGAAUGUUCCUGUGUGGAAUAUAAUACAGCAGGAAGGG